GAAUCUGCGUUACACCUUUACACAGAGGAAGAACCCCAUCAAAUUUCCUCCGGAGAAUUCCAUGGCAGAUCCAAAACCAGACCCAAAAGACCCUGUUUCAGAGAAAGAUGUCAAAGCCCCAAAUGUAAUUGAGAGGGAAAAGGAAGAGAUUGAGGCAAUAUUUCAGCAUGAUAAAACACCACACCAUCACAAAGAAACGCAUGGAAGGAAUGAUGAUAUUGAUGAGAAUACUCCUAUCGACGAGGUUAAAGGUCCUAAUGUUUUUCAACGUGCCAAGGAAGAGGUCGAGGCCAUUGUUGGAGCAAUUCUUCCUAAGAAAGAAUCAAAGGAUCACUAGUGGUGCUUUAUACUAAGAAGUGGGAUGAGACUACCUUGAGAAGGUAUAAUUAGGAAACUUUGUUGGAUAAUGUUGUAGAAGCCAAUUUUAUGGCUUUGGAUUUUUUGUUAUCAAAGUUCUUUGGUAUCUAUGGUGCCAUGAAUUUGCCAAUUUAGAUGUUAUGAAAUAUGUGCUGUUUAUAAUGAAUUUGAUUCUUCUCU